UUAUCAAAAGUUUGGGAAUGCCUCUUUCUUUUUCUUUCUGUAGGUGAUUCGGGAGCUGUUAAUCCUGCUGUGGAACAGGCUAUUAUUGCCGCCACGUCAAGGCGACACUCUACCGCUGAGUUAUAUCCCUUCCCUUGCCCCCAUCGAGAAAUAGAAACUAAGGAAAAAGAAAAAAGAAAAACGCUUCUAGAUAGGUUUCUACACUCUUAGGAACUCAUGUGGUAUCUGACAAUCUACCUUUGGGCCAGCGUGGGGACUGAAACCGUCCCUUAAUUCAAAGGUGGUAGAUGAGAUGGGUAAAAAUAGAGCAAUGGGAUGAUAAGCCUUACGUUUGAAUUGACAUCAGCAUCCCCCACUUCUACUGAUCCACAGCCACAGGCCCCUUUCCAUGUUAUUCUUCCAUUCUUAAUUGCUCAUCACAGCUUCAACUCUCCCAAGAUUCCAUUUUUAUUGCCUUCCAUUCUAUAAAUCCCUUCUCUCUUCCUCUUCGCCUUCCUCAUCAUAUUCUCAAUUUCUUUCUCUUCUCUGUUUUUCCAAUAACCAGAACCACCGCCACCGCCACCGCCACCGCCGCCGCCAUGGAUGCUCCGGUGCCUCAUUUGGCCAUUCUUCCCAGCCCCGGAAUGGGCCAUUUAAUUCCACUCGUUGAAUUCGCCAAACGCCUUGUUUUGCACCACCAUAUAACUGUCACUUUCGUCGUCCCUUCCGAUCAUCCGCCGUCCAAGCCUCAAAAAUCUCUCCUUGAUUCCCUCCCUUCCGGCAUCGAUCACACCUUUCUCCCGCCGGUUAGCUUCCAUGAUCUUCCCCAUGGAUCCAAGAUUGAAACCAUCAUUACCCUCACUGUUUCUCGAUCUCUCCCAUCUCUUAAGAAUGUACUGAAAUCCAUGGUGACUAAUGCAAACCUCGUCGGCUUGGUCGUUGAUCUUUUCGGCACCGACGCGUUCGAUUUAGCUAGAGAAUUCAACAUUUCCCCUUAUAUUUUCUUUCCUUCCACCGCUAUGGUUCUCUCAUUUGCUCUGUUUCUUCCCAAACUCGAUGAAUCCGUCGCCGGCGAGUACGGUGACCUCCAGGAGCCGAUCCAAAUUCCGGGAUGUAUUCCGAUUCACGGCAAGAAUCUAUUGGACCCAGUUCAAGAUCGGAAGGACGAAGCCUAUAAAUGGACAUUUCACAACAUGAAGAGGUACGUUUUAUCAGAUGGGAUUUUUCUCAACAGCUUCCCGGAAUUGGAGCCCGGAGCUAUCAAAUUUCUCCGAGAAGAGAAACAGGGGAAGCCCCCUGUUUACCCAAUUGGGCCAUUGGUGAGAAUCGAUUCAAAUGGAAGCAACGAGAAGGCAGAGUGCCUGAAAUGGUUGGAUGAACAGCCAAAUGGGUCUGUUCUAUACGUGUCAUUUGGAAGUGGGGGCACUCUGUCUAGCCAUCAAAUCAACGAAUUAGCCAUGGGAUUGGAAAUGAGUGGACAAAGAUUCAUAUGGGUGGUAAGAAGUCCAAGCGAUAAGGUGGCCAACGCUACCUAUUUCAACGUCCAUAGCCACGACGACCCUUUAAAUUUCUUACCAGAAGGGUUCGUAGAAAGGAUGAAAAACAGGGGAUUGGUGGUGCCGUCAUGGGCGCCGCAGACUCAGAUCCUUAGCCACAGCUCCACGGGCGGAUUCUUAACUCAUUGUGGAUGGAACUCAACGUUAGAGGCGGUGGUUAAUGGAGUUCCUCUGAUCGCAUGGCCGCUUUAUGCAGAGCAGAAAAUGAACGCGGUGAUGCUGACAGAGGAGAUCAAGGUGGCGUUGAGGCCAAAAAUGAACGAGAAGGAAGGGAUUGUGGAGAAGGAAGAGAUUUGGAAGGUGGUGAAGGCGGUGUUGGAAGGUGAAGAGGGGAAGAAACUGCGAGAGAAAAUGAAGGAAUUGAAAGAGGCAGGUGAAAGGGCUGUUGGAGAAGAUGGGUUGUCCACUAAAAUAGUGUGCGAGAUGGUUGAGAAGUGGAAGAACAAGAUUUCCACUUGAUUUGCCUUAUCCUUACAAAACCAAUCUCUACAAGAUGUUCAUAUUUAAAAAUUUGAUCUACUUUUGUGACGACAUCAUCGUAAUAUAAUACAAUACAAUAGCACGUUGUACCAUGUUGGUUCUUAAAUUUUCAAUUUUAUAUCCAAGACUCUAUGAAUAAAUCAAGUUAGACCAAGUAUGGAUUCUAUGGGUCGACUUUUGGGUAGCCGAGGUCGAGGAGAAUGGCUUGAGGUUUGGCCUGUUUUCACAUAGUAACAAUCUAUAAUGGGGAGUGGUUUUAUGUCAUUAAUGGUGGGCUGCAAUUGAAGAAUUGACAGUACAGAUCGGAAGGUUGAUAGGACUACGUUGGUGUGGGUGUGGAAGCGCACCCAAUUCCAGCGCACACUUGUAACUAUUCAAUUUUAGUUCCUCUCCAAUUCUCAUA